AUGACCGGCACAGUCGGCCAUGAUGAAACACAACACAGCACCCACGGGAGCACUACCAAUAUCCUGAGCCUCACAGCCCUUCAGCUGCUGCUUGAGAAUGGUCCAAAGCUUCCCUCUGUGUCAGUGAGUCCCUCUGCUGAGAUAGUGGAGGGCAGUUCAGUGACUCUGACCUGUAGCAGUGAUGCUAACCCAGCAGCUAACUACACCUGGUACAAGGAGAAUGAAGACUCACCAAAAGCAUCAGGACAGAUCUUCACCAUCACUGACUUCAGAGCUGAACACAGUGGGAAUUAUUACUGUGAAGCCCAGAACAGAAGAGGACGUCAGAACUCCACCUUACAUCUGAUUGUUGUAGCAGGGAAUUUAACAAUGAUAAUGAAUAUAAUCAGGCUGACUGUGGUGGUCCUGAUGCUGAUUCCUCUGCUGCUCCUGAGUCUGUGGGCGAGGAAGAAGAAAACUCUGAGCUCCACCACUGGACCACAUGAACCUGAAGAGAUAGAGAUAGACUCUUGUCCUGCGUAUGAGAACAUCUCAGACACUGCAGCACAGACAGAAGACCCAGAGGAGCAGGAAGACCUGGUGUGAAGUCCAGUCAGAUGCAGCUGAACCAGAGGCGGGACUCACCUGAUGGAAACAAAGUAGUACGACAUUGAAAUAUCCCUGAGGAGAGCGAGGCUGUGGAGGAUGCGGGGGAAGUGGAUACAUUUACCUUCAACUCCAGAAGAUUUUAUUGUCAGUUUUGAGUAGCAGCAGCAGGUAGGAGUCAGCAGCAGCAUGUAGCACAACGUUUAGAAGAAUGUGGUGCUGGCAGCUUGAACUGAAUCAUGUCGAGGUGUCAAACAUGAUUUAUUGUUCAGAUCAGCUGAUGCUCAGCUGCUGUGUGACUUACUGAUGUAUAUUAUAUCAUUAAUAUUUUAUUAAUAUAUUUUAUUAAAAUAAUGAUUAAUAUUAUUUUCUUCUG